GUCUUCAUCAGGCAACUCAGGUUUGGAACCACGUUCUUUUAAAGAAGCCAUGACCGACGCAGGAUGGCGGGCGGCCAUGCAAACUGAAAUCCGUGCCCUUGAAAAUAAUCAGACAUGGGUUUUGGAAUCUUUACCUGCAGGUAAAAAGGCCCGAGGGUGCAAAUGGGUCUAUAAAAUUAAACAUCGUUCCGAUGGGACGAUUGAGCGCCUCAAGGCGCGAUUGGUUGUCUUUGGCAACCAUCAGGAGGAGGGCAUUGACUACACUGAGACAUUUGCUUCCGUAGCUAAAAUGGUUACGGUCAGGACAUUUCUAGCCGUUGCAGCAGCUAAAAAUUGGGAAUUGCAUCAAAUGGAUGUUCAUAAUGCGUUUCUUCAUGGUGAUAUGAACGAGGAGGUAUACAUGAAGCCUCCCCCCGGAUUCUAUCCCACUCAGCCCGGGGUAGUAUGUCGGCUGAAAAAAUCUCUAUAUGGGCUACAACAGGCUCCCAGGUUUGCUAAGCUAGCUGCCUCUCUACGUGACUAUGGAUUUUUCCAGUCUUAUUCAGAUUAUUCGUUAUUUAUUUUUCGGCGUGGUGACACCUGCUUAAAUAUUCUCAUUUAUG